AUGGACAACUCCAGCGCACCGCCGCCCGGGGGGCACUCGGAGCUGACGGUGGGCUCGCCUCCGCCCGACUCCCCCGCCGACGCGCUCCGCCUGGUGCCCGCCUUUUGGGACUCCCCGCUGAGCCACGGCAUCAACGUGUUCGUGGGUCUGGUGCUGUGCUUCACCAUGCUGGGGUUGGGCUGCACGGUGGACGUGGGCCAGCUGGGCGAGCACAUCCGGCGGCCCGUCGGGGUGCUGCUGGCCGCCGUGUGCCAGUUCGUCAUCAUGCCCCUGGUCGCCUUCCUGCUGGCGCUGGCCUUCUCCCUGGACGACGUGGCCGCCGUGGCCGUGCUGCUGUGCGGCUGCUGCCCCGGAGGGAACUUGUCCAACAUCAUGUCGCUGCUGGUGCACGGAGAGAUGAACCUCAGCAUUGUCAUGACCAUCUCGUCCACGCUGCUGGCGCUGGUGCUGAUGCCGCUGUGCCUGUGGAUCUACAGCCGCGCGUGGAUCAACACGCCUGUGGUCAGCCUCAUGCCCUUCGGCGCCAUCAUCCUGACCCUGUGCAGCACGCUCAUCCCCAUCGGCCUCGGCGUCAUGCUGCGCUACCGCUACACGCGCGUGGCUGACACCGUCUUGAAGGCGUCGCUGUGGUCUCUGCUCAUCACCCUGGUGCUGCUCUUCAUCCUGACGGCGGCCCUGCUGGGCCCCGAGCUGCUCUCGGCCAUCCCGCCGUCCGUGUAUGUCGUGGCCCUGCUGAUGCCCAUGUGCGGCUACGCGGCGGGCUACGGUUUGGCAGCGCUCUUCCGCCUGCCGCCCAACAGCCGACGCGCCGUCUCGCUGGAGACGGGCUGCCAGAACGUGCAGCUGUGCACCGCCAUCCUCAAGCUGGCCUUCCCGCCGCAGCUGAUGGGCGGCAUGUACAUGUUCCCGCUGCUCUACGCGCUCUUCCAGGCGGCCGAGGCGGGCGUCCUCAUCCUGGCGUAUCGGACGUACCGCAAGCGGGUGCUGGGCAAGGAGGAGCCGGCGGCGCGGCGGGACGGCGAGGACACGGACAUCACGUACCAGCGCUUCUGGGAUGAGGACGUCGACUUUGACGAAUCGUAUGGCGCCGUGACGGUUAGCGACCCGAACAGCAUCAUGCUUGACCCCUGCCCACCGGACCCUACGCCUGUGUGA